AGCGUUAUCGAUAACGGAUCAGAUGUUAUGUGUAAACUGAAUUUCGGCUUUUAAAAUCUUAAAUUAAUAGUAGUAGUUAAAUCGAAUAAAAGACAUGUGUUUGAACAUGCACACGAUAAUUCUGGGCAGGUUACGCAUGCAACACUCUAAAAACAUUUCGAGGUUCUUGCGGCACUCUAGCAAGCAGUUGGACGGAACACAUAACAAUGCCGUGGUAAUCGCAGCCGCUGUGCGUACCCCGAGUACGCCAUUCAAGGCGGAGGAGCAGCAGCUGGCUGGCAUUGUCAUCGAUGAGCUGGUGAAACGCACUUUGGUGCCGCGGGAGGAGUUCAAAAAGCUAAUUGUCUGCUCCUCGUCGAAUGCAUCCGCCACCGAGUGCAAUGAGCGACUCACCAACGUAGCCAAAGAACUGGGCUUGAAGGGCUGCGAGACACAUGCCGUGCAGGACGACAUAUGCUCAAUUACUGGACUGCGAAUGACCCUGGACAGUCUGCGGGAGGGAAAGGCGCAGUGCAUUAUUACGGGCGAUACACGCUGCCAGUACCUUGAACCGGAUGAUGGUGUUCUGGCCAAUGAGCUGAUGACCGUUCCGGUCAGAGGCAAACCAAACGCCAAGGCGGAUCCCUCAGAGCCCGCACCAACUUUGGGCGCUGCGGCACUGGCCUGGACCACAUACAAAACUGCAGAACGCCUUCAGCUGCAGCCGCUGGCUUUGGUGCGUGAAUUUGCUGUGAAAAAUAACCGAGAAGAUGCACUGUACCACUUGCACGGCGGGCAUCCGCUUCUGCCCAAUCAAAUUAACACCUGGGACCUGGUUACGAGCCGAGAGCCCCGCAAGCCAUCCAUUAAUCUUGACACAAACGGCAACAAACUGUGCACCCACGACAAUCUGCAUAUAACCGCCAGUCACCUGCUCACGCAUCUUGUGCACUCCCUGCCCGCUGGCGAGCUUGGCUGUGCCUACAUGGAUGGAAAGGAUGGCCGUUUGAUGAUCAUAUUUCUCGAAAAACUCGUGCCCAAAAUCGCCCAGGUGGAUGGUCUUCCGCUGCUGACGCUGUACACCAAAGAGCCGUGUCCUUUGUGCGAUGAUUUGGUGGCUCAAUUGGAGCACAAAUAUGCUGGUAAAUUCAGGCUGGAAAAGGUUUACAUCGAUCGCAAGGAGAAUGUACGCUUCUUGCGGCUAUUUCGGCAUGAUAUACCCGUCUUGUUCUUUAAUGGACAAUUUCUAUGCAUGCACAAACUGAACGAAGAGGCGCUGCAUGAACGUCUGGCUGGCCUGCACAAGGGCUAA